UAUGGGAAAUCUUUGUGAAACAAAUGAAACAAAAAAAUUUACUUCUGUUCAGAUGCCUUCAAAAUAACAAGAGGAGACAAUUGGAUAUAUUUCAGAAAAGAAUUAAAAUUCAUAAAAUCUAUUGGAGGCAACAUAGAAGAAAUUGAGUAUUGAUGAUUUUUUAAUGUUAAAUCAAUUAGGAAAAGUAAGGGAUUAUAGAAUACGAUAGAUUUUUAGGGUGCAUUUGGCAAAGUUUUUAAGGUAAAGAAGAAAGACAAUGGUAAAAUCUAUGCACUCAAGGCUAUGAACAAGAAAUAAAUAUUUGAUAGUAAUUUAGAAUAAAAUGCUGUAAUUGAAAAAGAAGUAUUGAACAAUAGCAAACAUCCAUUUAUUGUCAAUCUUAAAUAUUCAUUUUAAAGUUAAACUAAGCUUUAUUUUGUACUGGAAUAUAUUGAUGGUGGUGAAUUUUACUAAAUUCUUUAAAGAACAUAAGGCCUUCCUGAACCUGUUGUAUAAUUUGUUGCAGCUGAAGUCAUUUUAGCUUUAGAAUAUCUUAAUACGAAAUUAAACAUAAUUUAUAGAGAUUUAAAACCAGAAAAUCUAUUACUGACUAAAUCAGGACAUGUGAAAUUAACUGAUUUUGGUCUAGCCACAAAAAUCAAAGAUAAUAACUAAAAGUCCUAUACAUUAGUUGGUACAACUGAGUAUUUAGCUCCUGAAAUCAUAAGAAAGGAAGGACAUUCUUUUGAAGUAGAUUUAUGGACUUUAGGCAUUUUAAUUUAUGAGAUGAUAACUGGUAAAACUCCUUUUGCACAUCCUGAAAGAAAUCAGAUGAAAAUAUAGUAUCUCAUAUUAAAAAAUAAUCCUACUUAUCCACCAACCAUGUCUCGUGAUGCUAGGGAUUUAAUCAAUAGCCUUUUAUAAACCAAUCCCUCAUUAAGAUUAGGAGCAAAUGUAUUUCUUAUUAAUAUUCAAAUAGGGAUACGAUUAUAUCAAAAAUCAUUCAUAUUUUAGUAAAAUCAAUUGGCAAGAUCUUUAUGAAUAAAAAGUUAAAUCUCCACUUAAAACUUUUGCUGAAGAUAAUUCAAACAGAUUAUAAAAUCUAUAACCCAUGUUAAAUUAACUUAAAGAGACUCCUAAUAAUAAUCCUAUGCCUUAGAUUAUUGGUAUAAGCUUUUCUGGAAAUGAGAUGGAUAGAGGCAGUUCAGUCAAGAAUUAUUGA